AAAAGCCAUAUUUGUCAACCAAUGACAAAAAUUCCAGAAUUAAAAUGUUUUAUUUAUUUAUAAAGACUCCAUUUUUUCCUUCACAAAAGAAGCAUAUUUGUCAGAAAAGAAGAUGGCAUAGUCCUUUCACACUGAGGGAAGAAGCAGAAGCAUGUCCAUGGUAGGAUGGAAGAAGGAUGAGGUAUUCAAAGCCGGCCCGAAAGGGGCCCGCCGCCCUGGAACCACCUUGGCUGCCGUCGAAUCAUUGGCCGUACCUCUUGUGCAGGAAGUGGUGUUUUUGGCCGAUUUUCGGUGUCCGAUUUGCCAGCAUAGGGUGGCUGAGAUUAUGUCGAAAAUGAACGGAGAGACUGAAUCUGUGGUGAUUAGUGUUGUCGAGAAGACGGUGACGCUCACUCGUUCGUAUCCAAAUCCCGAUAAACGAAUUGCGCACGCUAGUUCUUCGACCAAGGUUUCCGUUAUUGUGCGCCUGCUUCGCUCUUACUGCACUUAACUGCUACUAAUAAAUAACCCUAGUUAACCACAAUUCAGUCACAUAUGAAAAACUAAACAGUGAUUUACUCUUUACUUGCUUAUAAUGUUAGUAACACAUUUUAGAGGUGUAAAUAACAUUCCACAUUUUAUUAUUAACUGAAUAAAUAAAUAA